ACUCUGGCACAUAAGCCGGGAUUCCGGACACUAUUCUGCGAUUCAGGGACACCACAUAACGAAUUUUUUAAACCCCACGACCUAAUCCAUGUUUCAAACAAAGAUAUUAUAUUUCCAUAAUUGGAGUCACCCUCUUUGAUUCUUCCUCAGAAACUUCCUAUGUUGAAAAUCAGUUCUUUUGACUCAGCCAUGAAGCUUCGAUACAUUAUCCUGGAAGCAGCACCAGAAAUGGAGGGACCCACAGUCAUCAUUAUUUAUUUGUAAUGGGCAGGGAAGACAGGAGUGUGAAGAUCUUGUGAUGGCUGGCAUGCUACCUGGAGUGGAGUUUGCACGCAGAAGGAGGUUUCAUCAAGGAGGAAGCGGAGGAUCUUUGAUCAAACAAGCGACAAGACCUAUAUCAGAGUUCCGAGCAGAGAAUAGGGAUGACAACAAACUUAAUGAAGUUGCACUUGAAGCACGAGAGCGACUAGAAGAGAGAUUAAGGGCAUCAUCAUCAUCACCAGUAAACAAGAGGCUUGAUUAUAUUACACAAAGGCGCGUACAAUCAGGUUAUCGAAAUUCCCACAUUGAAGAGCGCAGUGGCAUUAAUGAAAGAAAUUGGCAUGCUAGUACAAACAUUGAUACAAGCCAACCGAGAGAGCUGGUAGGCUUAAGUAAAGGCUUCAUUGAUAAUCUCAAGAGAGAGAUAUAUACCCCAACAAGGACAAAAGAAAACCCCUUGUUGAAGCUACUGCCAAGAACUUCAGAGCAAGUUGAUUGCCCUAUAUGCUUGGAUUGCUUUCAACUUAAUCAGGUCAUCAUACAUCUUCCUUGUCGGCAUAAGUUUCAUCCAAAUUGCCUAAUUCCAUGGCUGGAGAAGAACAAUCACUGCCCAUACUGCAGGACUAAAGUUUUAAACAAACCAUCCUGAUUAAAGUUACUGGAAAUCCUUACAGAUUCUUUUGAAGACCAUAUUGGAAACACAAUGUAUAGAAUAAGUAAUCAAGUCAUCAGCUCUUUGGUUUUAGAAUUGUUUUUGAGGAUUUUUAUUUUGUCUCCUAUAGUCCAUGGUAGGUAUCUGCCCACUAUGAAUAUGUAUUAUGGAAAAGUGCAGUGCUUUGCAAGUCAAUAGCAAAAUUUUCAACAUUAUUUCAA